CGGGGCACUAUGCUCCAACGACCAUCUCACCAACAACCUGUGUCGAAUACACGUCCUACCUUCAAAAUAAACGCCUUCGACGACUCAUCGUUAUCAAUUGCUUCGGUAGCUCCGAGUCCUUUACUCUACUUGCCCGAGCACUCCAGAGCCUCUUUGAUCUUUGUUGGCACUCCUCAACCAACAGCUCGAACCCCAUCAGUUGUGGAUGUUGUGCAAGUGCCGCAGAUCCUGGUGAUCUCAUCAUUCAUCAUGAUCACUGCCAUUGCCCCGCCGCAAAUUCAUUGGACUGUCUGGCAACACGCGAGCAACCGCGGUCGCACACCAGCACAGAUACUCAUCGGAAGGAUGGAACUGAACACGCUAAACAGGUCUCUGUCGAAUGCUCGCGUCCUGUUCCCGACUCACGGAAACACUGCGUCCCACGCACGAGUGCCUGUCUCACAACGCUUCUCUUCCACCCUCAUCGCUGAGCCCGAGGGUACAAACGCGCUCUGAAUCUGUGGUAACCAUCCGGUCUCUCCACGCUCGCGAUGACGUGUUAUCCGUCUCCCUCAAGUUUCUCCAUCUUACGAGCCGCGUCCGGCGUCCCUCCGUCACUCCCCUCGAAUCACUAUCGAAUGUGGUGCUUCUGAGCACACGAGCCGGCCCGCGGGCCUCCUGCGACAGCGAUCUGACUACCAACGGGGCACUCUACUCCGAUGACCAUCUCUCCGAGAGCCUAACCAACACAUUCAGCCCCUGUGUGGAGUACGCGCCCCACCCUUACGCACCCUGUCCGGUUUUUCAUAUGUCACACUCGCCCGAUAUUAUAUCUGGCGCACACACCUCCCUUCACCGUCUCCCAUCAUGUCCAGCACCCCUCCAGCCCUCCUUGAGCUCCCCCAUUCCAACCACAGCAGGGUCCGCGCGGAGGCGCCGACGUCCGAGCCUGCUGCGCGCUCGGAGGAAUCGCAGGACCUGGGCGCCGCUGCUCCUGCGUCCCCGCCGUACAAGGCGCACGCCAGCCAGCCCAACCUGUUCGUGCCCGCGUCGUCGCCUACGCCGAGCUACCGCUCCGUCAACGAGCCCGACUUCUCUGCGAAGGGGAAGAGCAAGGCGGCUGGUCCUCCCGAUCAGGGACCCGAAGACGACGACGAUGCGGUUUCCAACGCCGACACUGACGGCGAUGACGAUGACGGAGAUUAUGAUUGGUCGGAUGAAGAGGACCUGGUCGAUGUGGAGGCCAAAUUCGAGGAGAGGAUGGGCGCCCAUAAACAGACGACGGGGUGGGGUGUGAAAAGGAUAUUCACGCUGCUUUUCUCAUCCCUGAUCGGCUCGACGUUCCUCGCCGCCCUCCUCGUCGCGCCGGCCGUCCUGCUCGUAUUCUUCUGGUACAAGCGCGAUGAGACGGCGUACCGGCACCGUGUCACCGUCAACGUCGAGGCGUGGCUCUUCUGGGCUGCAGCCAAUCUGCUCGUCUCUUGGACGCUGGCUAUGAUCAUCGACGUCAUACCCUCGCUCGCCAGGUUCCUGCUCAAUGCGUUCUGGGGUCACGUGCCCGCAUACAUCGAAUCGCGGAUCGAGAUAUACAACCACACGAAAAACGCGGUCAAGCCGAUUUUCUACGCGGCGAGCGGCUGGGUAUCCUGGAUCAUCAUAUUCGACCACAUCUUCCACCUGCACCCGGGCACUGAUUCCCAGCAUGCCAAUCACGAGGUGUACACCGACACUCUGUACCAAGUGGUCGAGUUUUUCUUCUUCCUCACGCUCGUGCUCAGCCUGCAGCGGCUGCUCUCGCUGCUCAUCGCAUUCGCGUUCCACCGCAGGGCCUUCCAGGAGCGCAUCGAUGCCGUGCACGAGACCCUCCGCGUCGUCGAGCAGCUGCGCGCCUAUGCGCCGAAGCAGCUCCGCGCGGGGAAUCUGGCGGCGCAAUUCUGGAGUGGGUUUACCACGCCUGUUCUGGACAGGGAUGGCUUCGGCUUCGCACCCAAGCGCUUUGCACCCAGUCGGCAGCAGUCCGCCGGCUCCGUGGUGGAUGACCACCGAUAUCCGCCGACCCGGGGCGAUCCCGAUGCCACUCUGGUGGGGACGGCGGCCAAGGCUCUCAAAGACGUCGUGCUACAUGACGCAAGGAACAUCAAGGGGGAAGAUGAGGCCGGUUAUCUGCAGCUCAACUCGCCGUCCGAAGCCAAGCGACUGGCGCGUACCAUCUUCACCGCCCUCAAACACCCGUCGCGCAACUACCUGCUCCCGCGCGACUUCGAGCCGGCUUUCGGCGGCAGCGCACGCGCCGCGGACGCCGCGUUCCGCGUGUUCGACGCGGACAACAACGGGGACCUCUCGCGCGCGGAGGUGAAGACGACGCUGCUCAAAGUGUGCAAGGAGCGGCGGGCGCUCGCGCGGUCGAUGCAGGACGUCGGGGAGGCGAUGGCGACGCUCGACCAGCUGCUGCUGCUCGGCGCGCUGGGCGUGCAGUUCUUCCUCAGCCUGGGCAUCUUUGGCGUCGACAUCGCGUCCAGCCUGUCGAGCAUCUACACGCUGGGCAUCGGCGCGAGCUUCGUCUUCCGCGCGGCUGCGAGCGGCGCGUUCGACGCGAUCGUGUUCCUGUUCAUCACGCAUCCGUUCGACACGGGCGAUCGGUGCAUCGUCGACAACGAGGUCGUCGUCGUCAAGAAGAUGACUUUGUUUGCGACGGUCUUCCAGCGCGCUGACGGCGUCGAAUCGUACUACUUCAACAGUCUGCUGGCCAACAAGUUCAUUGUCAACGUCCGGCGGUCUGGGAAAACAUACGAGAAUCUGACGAUGCAGGUGGCCUGGCGCACUCCGCUGGCGAAACUCGACGCACUGGAGGCUGCGGUCAACCGCUGGCUGUCGACCGAGGAAAACCGGUGGUUCGUCCCGAGCACGGGGGUGACGCUGCAGACCAUCUCGUUCCAGCGCUACAUCGAGUUCACCAUGGGGAUCGGGCACAACGGGACCUGGCAGGACUGGGGCCUGCGAAACGCGCGCAAGACGGCCUUCCACGCGGCUGUGCAGCACUACUGCCGCGAGCUCGGCAUCGAAUUCUAUCACUCGCCGCAGCCCGUCGUGUGGGGUGAUCCGAAUCUCUCGCUGCCGCCCUACGAUGCUGAUGCCGGAUCCGGGCCCCCCGUCCCAGAGCCAGAGGCAGGUGUCGCGAAAUCCACGACGAGCAGUAUGCUCGGAUUCUCGCCGCCUGCUUCGGCUUCGAGCGGACGGGCGCGCGCGCGCAAGCACGGGAAGAAGGCGGCGAUGAGGGCUGCAGGCGCUGACGGCUAGGCGAGUGGCGGACAGGACAGGACAGGACAGGACGGAUUCGUCCGGCUAUCAUUAUUCCCGUGUAAUUGUGGACGAGGCCUCUAAUCGCCGUUGUCCCGCAGGCCAGAAGCAUUUACAUAUCGAAGCAACUUGAAGGAGGGUGCACGAUGCAAACGAAACAGAUGCGGCGUUCGUACGUUGCCAGACACGAAACCCGGUGACAGAUACAUAGCUGUGCCCAGACACGAUUUUGAAGGGGGGGUGAGAUGAUGUGCCCCAGAAUGUGGUUGCGAUUCCACGUCGGGAAACCGAGACCGUGCUGCGCACUGUCCAGUUCUGUCGCCUCCGCCCAGUGCCGAGUGAUGGCUGGCCCUCUGAAUCACAAUUUGAGGCUGCAGAUCAACACACCGAUCAGCCCCUGUAGCCUUUAAUGAAUGAAUGAAUGAAUGAAUGGAUGUGGGUAAACAUCACUGCGGAGCGCUGGCUGAAUUCGCACCCUGCUGCGUAGUGGUAGGACUGGCACAGCACCGGAUCGGAUGGACGGAUGCGACGCGCUGGUCAUCAAAGCACAGUCACCUUCCGAGGGUCGAUAUAACGCGUUCUAUGUAGUACGGUAGGCCCUCGUCCUCACGUUUCUCCUCUCCUCCCCUUCGAUUCCUCUUCUCUCCAACUCCCCCUGAUCGCCAUGGCCUCUCUGUACUCAGUGCUUAUCCGGGAUCUUGCCAACGCGACGACGCAGCAGCAGCAGCAGCCGCCGUUCAACGAGACCACCCAGCAGCUCAACCUCGACCAGUACGGGUACAUCCCCACCAAAGCCGUCACGGUCAUCUUCGUCGCGUUGUACGCGAUCAGUGCCAUCGUGCAUCUGGGCCAGGCAGUCAAGUUCCGCAUGUGGUGGCUGCUGCCCACCGCCGUGCUCUGCGGCAUCGGCGAGAUCAUCGGGUGGAGCGGCCGGCUCUGGUCGUCCAUCUCGCCCCAGCUCGGCACGCCGUUCCUGAUCCA